CUUACAUGUCUCGCUGCUCUCUGGUGGACGAACGCGUGUACUGUAGCCUACAGUCGGCUUUUUAAUGGAAUAAAGGCAAUACUGGUCACUGUUCAAAGGUAGUUACUGCAGGAAAUCAGAAGACGCUGUUUGCCUGUGCAAGAUGAGGUUUACAAUUUGUGCAGCCAAACCUGAAGACUGCAAAGAUAUAGAACGCAUGAUUAUGGAAUUGGCUGUUUAUGAAAAGAUGCCCGACCAAGUGAAGAUAUCCCAUAAAGAGUUGGAGAGGGAUGGAUUUGGCCCCAAUCCUUUUUACCAGUGUCUUGUAGCUGAGGUACCUGAGGAGCUCAUGUCUAAAGAUGGACACACUAAGGUUGGCUAUGCUCUCUUCUUCUAUACGUACAGCACCUGGAAAGGGAGGACUGUGUAUAUGGAGGAUCUGUAUGUGAUGCCAGAGUACAGAGGUAAAGGCAUUGGAAAGGCUUUAAUGGCAACUGUCGCCAAAGUGGCCAAAGAGCAGCAUUGUGUGCGAUUACAGUUCUCUGUACUGGACUGGAACAAGCCCUCUUUAGACUUUUAUUUAGCUAAAGGUGCAGAGGACCUCACAGCUAAGGAGGGCUGGCAUUUUCUCCGCUUUUAUGGAAUAGCUCUGGAUAAUUUAGCACAGGAAGCACCUUAAAGAACAUUAAGACAUCUGACAAGUUUAGUUAUUGUCAGUAGGAAUACUUAAUGCAUAUUAUUGGUUAUUUUUUUUAAAUGCAAUAUAUUCAGCGUUAAAAUAAAAGAUUUAAAAAAAAUUGAAUGAAAAACAAUAAAAAUGUAUGAUAAUUAUUUUUGUGCCACUGUUCAAUGCAAACUCAUUUUGAUGUCUUUAAAAUACAUUUUGUAAUAAAUAACCUCUUGCAAGUA